AUGUCUCCUCCAGUCAUAAACUUGCAGUUACAUCUUCCAAACCAACAAGUUGUGUAUUAUUGGGAAAAUCAAAAUUUACAAAAUGUGUUGUAUUGGGAUCAUGUGUCAAGAACAAUGUUGACAGAAUAUUUUGAAACAUGUGCUAAUGAAAGUAAUGCAAGAAAGUAUUUGUAUAGAGAAUUUCCUGAGCAUUAUGUGUGGAACAGACAAAAUCAAAUAUGGACAAAAAGACAAAACAAAACUGUGAUUGGCCGCAUAAAUAGUGCAAAUCCAAAAGAAGGUGAAAGAUUUUAUCUGAGACUUUUAUUGAAUCAUGUUAGAGGGCCUACUUCUUUUAAAGAUUUAUUAACAAUUGCUGGAAUAUGUUAUUUGUCAUUCAAAGAAGCAACAGAGAAAAGAGGUCUUUUGGAAUCAGAUGAAAGUAUCACAGAGUGUUUGAUUGAAGCAACAACAUAUCAAAUGCCAAAAGCACUUCGAAAAUUGUUUGCUAUAAUAUUAUACCAUUGUGAACCUACAAAUAAGGAUACGAUGAUGGGGCAUUUGAUUUUAUAUAAGUGGAAUAUCGUAUGGGGAACAAAACAAUUUGUGAUUAUGAUUUACCUUCUUUACAUAUUGAUCCGAUGGAAGGCAAAUGACCAAAUUGUACAAAUAAUAGAAGAAGAAUCAAUACAAAUUCAUCCUGAAGAUCAUGAUGCAGAAACAAAAUUAUAUCCUGAACAAGAGAAAGCAUUCAUAAUUAUAAUGGAAGGGAUUAAUUCAAGAAGAAGUGGAGCUUUUUUUAUUGAUGGACCUGGUGGUACAGGAAAAACAUUUCUUUAUCAAGCCUUACUUGCACAAGUAAGAUCAAGACAUAUGAUAGCAUUAGCUACAGCAACAUCUGGUGUAGCAGCUGCAACACUACCUGGGGGUCGAACAGCACAUUCACGAUUUGUUUUACCAUUAAAUCCUAAUGAAACAGAUUUUUGUGGUUUCUCAAAACAAGAUGGGACUGCAGAGUUGAAACGAAGGGCAUCCCUAAUCAUAUGGGAUGAAGCACCUAUGGCUAAAAGAUUUGCCAUUGAAACUGUUGAUUGA